AUGGUCUUUAUUUUAACUGACGAUACCAAACAACUACGGAUGAAGGGAAGAGACUACAUCUACAAGUUGAUAUCUAAGGAGUCUUUAAUACGUGGCUCAAGCAAGGCUCAGGACAGACAGCCAUGCCGCCCAAUCCAUCUUCUAGUCGUUCUGGGGAGUGGAGGGCAUACUGAAGAAAUGCUCUCCAUGCUAAGACAUGCAAAGCUGGAUCCAACUUCCUAUUUCAAACGCACAUAUAUCGUCAGCUCUGGAGAUUCCUUCAGCGCCAGGAAAGCCGUGCAGUACGAAAAGAGCAUUCAAAGUGGUAGACAGACUGGCAGGGAAGACGCAAACAGUAACUAUAGCAUAGUCACGGUUCCUCGUGCGAGAAAAGUGCACCAAUCCUUUCUGACCGCGCCCUUGUCCACGCUACAAUGCUUCGGAUUCUGCAUGUUGGUGCUCAUGGGCAGACAUCCCGAUCAGCUCACCGCUUCCUCAGGAGCUUGUCCCGGAUAUCCUGACAUCAUUCUCACGAACGGGCCUGGCACGGGAGUUUGCGUGGUCGUUGCCGCCCGACUUAUCCGCCUGUUCGACCAGCUGGUAUAUCGCAUCCUGCCCCAUGCCGGAUCGAACAUCACCAGCCCAUCCGAGUCGAAUUUGAGGUCCACUCUCGACUCCGGCCCCGAGUCCCAUUCCCAAUCCGGGUCCUCUCAAGCUCAACGCCGUGAAACCAGACGGUAUCUACGGACGAUAUUCAUCGAGUCCUGGGCGCGCGUGACUACCGUGAGUUUGUCGGGAAGGAUCCUCUUCCCUCUCGUCGACCGGUUCUUGGUACAGUGGGAAGGCCUAGCUGGUUACUCAGGAUGGUUUGGAUUUGGUAGAAAGGCCGAAUAUGUUGGAAAUUUGCUAGGCUAG